UUUUGUUUUUGAAAUAACAAUAAGCUUUUUCUUUAUUAGGUUAUUGCUCAUGCAUACAAGUUAACAAUAACAAAUAAUCGGCUAUAAGCAUCUACAAAAAUCUAACCCUAUUUUAUAAGGUGUAUUACUUUCACACCUUAUAAAAUGUAAAAAAGGAACUUCUUCCAUUUGCAUAAGGUAAUGUUCCAAUGUAAAUAAUAAUGGAUUCAAUUUAAUCAGUUUAGCCUCGUUUCAUUUCCCAAGGACAAAAAUCAGUAUUAAAUUGACAUUGUACUUCAUCUAGUCUCUUUUUAAUUUUCCUAGUUCAACAGAGCCAAGUGAAUUCCAGAUUUUUUCAUGCGAUGUUUAUCAGUAUGAACAUACCAGCCGCGUUUUAUAUUGCGCUCGUAUUUUGUGCAUUUUUUAUUAUAAAUCUUUUCUAGCUUUUUAGCGUUUAUAAAAAAGUAACAUUGAACGGCACUGGUCAAUGAACUUUCCUUGCUAAGAGUAUCAUUUACUGUUACAGAUUUUAAUUUUGGAACAGACAAAUACUGUGGAUUUAACUAUCUCAAUAGCACAAUAUAUGAAAACAAAGCACCAUCGUUUUAUGGCGAUUGUAACGCAAACAGAAAUUAUUUUUGUAUGAAUAAAACAGACUUCACAGUGGACUUAGCUGUGUACAACAAUAGUCGAGAAAAAAUUAAAUGUGACUAUAACAUUUCAUUAACUGACUUGCAAAGCAUGAAGUCAGCAAUUAAGCCAGGAUACUAUUGGAAUACGGGGAAAUUGUAUGGAACAGCUGAAAUAGAUAGUACAGGGGAGAAUAACACCAACAUUCAAAGUAUAUUAUGUGGAGCCUAUAGAAGUUCAAUUGGAAUGUAUUAUGCAAACUGUAAAGAAGAACGCUUUUCGUUAUGUUCAAGCAAUGAUGAGAACGGACUAAUUAAUAACUUUUGUUUUGAUGAAAUCAACACAUCAAUAGCACGGACGACAGUUCGCCAAAAAACAACUACAGACAAAACUGAUAUAUCAACCAAACAUCCAAUGACAGGAAUGACAACUUUAGCCGAUAAUAAAACAAAAGAAAAGACAAGACAUACAAAAGAGGACGAGCAAAGUUCAG